UGUCGAGGUGUGUUGUGUUUGUGAUAAAAUAAUCUUGAGAUUUGUAUUAUAUCUAGCUAUAAGAUUUUAAUAUUAUCUAGUCGAGAGUGAAGUUAUCUGUGAUAAAGUCAGAAUGGCCUUCUCCCGGCUGGCAAGUUUCUGGCGGUCGUCACUGGCGCGGCGGCCGGUGGUCACCAACACGGCGGUGUACGCCACCUUCUACACCGCCGCCGAGCUCUCCCAGCAGACCUUCAACAGGCUGUACUCGCCAGAAAAACCAGAGUAUGAUUUUGCAUCGGCAGCAAGAAUAGUCACGGUCGGAAGCUGCCUCUACGCCCCUACUCUAUAUUUUUGGUACAAAUUAUUGGAUAGAAAAUUCGUGGGUACUGCAGUUAAGGCGGUUGCUGCUAAAGUAGCUUCAGACCAGUUCAUCAUGACACCCACACUGCUGGCUGCCUUCUACACAUUGUUAGGAGUGCUUGAGCGAAAAGAAGACGUAUUCGAGGAGCUUAAAGAGAAAUACUGGAAGACAUUCCUCGCGAACCAGGCUUUCUGGAUCCCGGCUCAGACCAUCAACUUCUUCUUCCUACCCAGCAACCUACGAGUAGUCUACGUGGCAUCAGCUUCGAUGAUAUGGAUCAAUGUGCUGUGCUUCAUCAAGAGACAGAAAGUAGAGAAGAGUGUAAAAGAUUAAUUAUUAUAUGUAAUAAACUUGUUACUUGUU